AGAACCAGGUGCUGCAGGCUUGUCCUUGAGCAGAGAUCCAGAAAUGACUUGUGGACUUGGUUUGGGGAUCUUGGUGGUGUUCUUGGUUCAAGCAGAGCAUGUAUGUUGUCUCUGGACUGAAGGAGCUCAGAGCUUCCAGAGCAGCAACACAUAUGUUGGCCUCCCACCACCAGAUGGCAGCCUGAUCACAUCUGGCAGCCAUCCCCAGAAUCAAGUCAGACAAGGCUUCAUUUCUCCACUCUCGUUCCAGAGCAGGAGCUUCAACACUGGUCCUGCAUUCCCCAGUGGUUUUGGGCCAGGACUCUCCACUUGGAGUUCCACACCAGUUUCCCAGCCAGCCCAGAGUUCAGUCAGACUGGUGAAGAGCAGAGCAUUCAAAGCAAACAGGCAAAGGCUGUUUUCACCCAGGGCUGAUGCUCCAAUAGGAGCAAGGCAGUCGUUGGGCCUUUCUUCUGUUGCUGGUGGUCCUCAGAACCAGAAGAACCCCUCAAUCGGCAGAAAUUGGUCUGCUCUGUGGGGAACGCAGCGUCCUAUCAAGUAUCCUGUUUUGGCUCCCAGGCAGAUGUUUUCCUCCAGACCUGUUCCUGCACCACGUCAACCUUCCAGGGUUGCUGCUAAAAUGCCUUUCAGCGAGGUGGGCUCCUCUUCUCGUCUGUUCGGCCCAGAUGCUCCUGGACAACGUGGACGCUCUGCACUGAUGCAGACAUACGCUCGUGGUCCUGCUAAAAGGGUGUUAUCAAAUCGUAGAUCUGAAGGACAGAAGGCCAGGAGGUUCUCUCCUCACACCCAGGCUUGGAAACCUGCCAUGGGGCAUCAAGGAGGAUCCAGACCCAAAAGCUGGCUGCAGACCUACAAAACCAGUCAGGAUCUGGCUGUCCCCAGGAGCCGCACCAUGGGAGCUCCUGGUCAGGGUUUUUCCUUGGCUACAGUUUACGAGAUCCCUGCAAACUUUGGUGGCUUUGCUAUCAGACGGCUGUAAUCUACUUAUUAGAACAAGGUGACCAACUGUCCAACAGCUUCAGAUCCCUUCAGCUGCUCCUCAGAGGCUGGUUGGACCAGGAUCAAGCUGCAGCAGACUACUGCAAAUUUCUAAUGUAACCAAUAAGUGUUAAAUCUAUUUUAAUGUCUUUAAAUAAAAUUUUUACUUUUAACUAA